CGGGCGAGCGGCGGCGUGCAGGGCGGCAGCAUCCACUCGGGCUGCAUCGCCGCGGUGCACAACGUGCCGCUGAGCGUGCUCAUCCGGCCGCUGCCGUCUGUGCUGGACCCGGCCAAGGUGCAGAGCCUCGUGGACACGAUCCGGGAGGACCCAGAAAGCGUGCCCCCCAUUGACGUCCUCUGGAUCAAAGGGGCCCAGGGUGGUGACUACUUCUACUCUUUCGGGGGCUGCCACCGCUAUGCGGCCUACCAGCAGCUGCAGCAAGAGACCAUCCCUGCCAAGCUUGUCCAGUCUACCCUUUCAGACCUAAGAGUGUACCUGGGUGCCUCCACGCCGAACUUGCAGUAGCACCUCCUUGUCACCUGCUGUCACCACCCCCAAGAGCCCAGAAGACACACCUGGCCUCCAGUGGACUGGGUCAUGCAGAAGGUGUAGCAGGAGUGCAUCCUCUCUGCAUCUGGGGGGAGGAUCUGGCUCCAGGCCCCCUCUUCGCUAGCUACAAGGCCUUGGACUCAUCCUGAACAGUGUGGGAGUCCCAGUUCCCACCUCUGCAGAAAUGCAAUCGUGACAUUACCCUUGAAGGAUUAUCAAGAGGACGAAAUAAGAAAGGAGACAGGUUAGAAGAGCUACAUGCUGCUGGCUCCAAACUCUCAAGGACAAGGAUCUUUCUGCAUUUUUGUCUUUGUAUAUCCCUUAUGUAGACUAUGUUCCGCU